AGAGAAACCAGGCGGUCCGCUCCUGGGAUGCGGUCUCGGGGGCGAGUUGGCCCCUAAGUCCCGGUGACCUUUCGCCCGCAACCAGGGCUAGCGCCUGUGUGCGCCCACGGAAACACCCGACCGACUGGAAAAAGAAAACGGGGUCAGGGGACCUCCUUCCAGCUCUACGCGCCUCUCAUUCAGAGGUAGAGGUCAGGAAAGGGGAAGGACCGAGCCCCAGAGCAACAGAAGUCAGGCAGUGCCAGGGACACUGAGGGCGGAGCCAGGGGAAGGCUGCCGAGCGCGGUCCUCGCUCCUCCCGGUCCGGGACGGGUCCGAGGCCUGGAUCCGCCUUCCCCGUGCCGUCCUGGUCAGGGCCCCGCGGGGCAGCCAUGCCGGGACGUCUGCUGCGGGGCCUGUGGCAGCGAUGGGGCCGUUACAAGUACCGCUUCGUUCCCUGGAUCGCGCUGAACCUAAGCCACAACCCGAGGACCCUCCGGUAUGUUCCAGAGGAAUCCAAAGACAAAGUUAUCUCAGAUGAAGAUGUCCUAGGAACGUUACUGAAAGUUUUCCAGGCUCUAUUCUUAAAUGAUUUCAAUAAACAAUCAGAAAUCUUGACUAUGCUUCCAGAAUCUGUUAAAUCAAAAUAUCAAGACCUACUGGCAGUUGAACAUCAAGGGGUGAAACUGCUUGAAAACAGACAUCAACAGCAAAGUACCUUUAAACCGGAAGAAAUUCUUUACAAGACUCUGGGUUUCAGUGUUGCCCAAGCAACUAGCUCAUUGAUUUCUGCUGGAAAAGGUGUCUUCGUUACAAAAGGAUUGGUACCAAAAGGCGCAGUCGUAUCUAUGUAUCCUGGUACAGUAUAUCAGAAGUAUGAGCCGAUCUUUUUCCAGUCCAUUGGAAAUCCAUUUAUUUUUAGAUGCCUGGAUGGGGUACUCAUUGAUGGGAAUGACAAAGGAAUAUCAAAAGUUGUGUACAGAUCUUGCAAUGGGAGGGAUCGACUCGGCCCUUUAAAAAUGAGUGACAGUACAUGGCUAACGUCAGAAAUUCAUAACCCUCUGGCUGUGGGACAGUAUGUCAACAAUUGUUCCAAUGACAGAGCAGCUAAUGUCUGUUAUCAGGAAUUUGAUGUGCCUGCAGUUUUCCCUAUAGAACUGAAGCAGUAUCUUCCAAACAUUGCCUACAGCUAUGACAAACAAAGCCCACUUCGAUGUGUUGUUCUUGUCGCACUUAGGGACAUCAGUCAAGGAGAAGAGCUUUUUUCAAACUACUACACAAUUGUCAGCUAACUCUGUGAAUCAGAAAUUAUUAGGUUUUCUACUCAUCUAUUAAUUCUAAGUGUUUAUUGUUAAUCACUUCUCUGAGUUAUACCUGUAAAACAAAUAUUUUGAGACUUAAUUGGAAUAGGAAUUUUUUAUGUUUUUGUCGAUAUUAUAUUUAUGUUCCAAUUUCAUGAUAAAAGCUACUUGCUUCAUUACAAUUUCAAAUUUGUAAUGCAAUUCCAAUUUUAAUUGGUUUUCACCUAAAUACACAAUAGCUUAUUAAAUUAAAACCUACUCUUUGAAAUUAUAA